ACAACACUUCUGGUAAACCUCCCACCCCACUUAUUCACUCAUCUUCACCUUCCUCAUCCAUCUCUAUCACUUUGCAAGUACAGCCAUUGUACAAGUUCCAAUGACACCCCUACCAAGCGCCGCCGAGCUCGCCUCCCGUGGUCUCCUCGACCCACCACCCAGCACCCUCCACCUCCACGACCUAAUCAACGCCUGCCAAGACGGCAUCUACGCCAAAGACCGGCUCUCCGACCAAGUCAUCGGCAUGCUCAUCUUCGCGGUCGACUCCGGCAUCAUCAAAGCCUGGGAAGGCACGAUUUUCCAGGUUCCAUUCGUGCAAGGGUUCAAGCUGCGGAAGGGGCAAUUGCACCUCGGACGGCCGUUCUUGGGACCAGAUGGGAAGGUGUUGAAGUUGAGGGGUGUGGUGUGGUGUGGUGAACACCAGGGAGAGGUUUCUGCAUUGGAAGAUUUGGACGUCAUCAAGAGACAUUCGGGGUAUGCGGCUUGGGUGAGAGGGGUGCUUUAUUGUGGAGGUACCAAGAAUGACGGCACGUAUGUGAGGAGAUAUAUUUUCAACUCGCUUGUGAGUUGCGAUGCGAAUGUCAACAACAAACCCUACGCGCCGGGUCCGCUGUCGAUCAUGCCAGGUGGUGCCGCUGCUGCCGACUUGGAGAGCGAGAAUGAUGCCUCUGCAACAUCGAAGAAGAGGAAGCGUGGCUUACCUGCUGCUGCUGCUCGAAGAACUAGCCCUGAGAUCGCAGAGGGAUACUGUCCUAUCUCCGAUGAUUCCUCCUCAUCUUCGUCAUCCGACGACAAAUUCGAAGCUGAGAACGAGCCCGAAGCCUCUUCCCAGCCCAUUAACAAAUCACCUCGCAGCAUUCUUCCCAGCACUCCCCAAGCCACGCUCAUGGAAUCAACCACGGUGAAAAAAUAUAAUGGUUGGUUGCUAAAGGGGAUCGAAAUCACCGUGAAGAUGACAUUCACGAAGGGCGGUCGUAGAAGUACCUUUUCGGAGGAGACAGUCGUGGAUACAAUCGAGGAAGCAAGAGAAUUCAUGAACGACAAUUUGUCUUGGUUGGAGAACGAGGCUCCUGGUAUUUUGCGAGCCAGGCUCGUGGUAUCGCCCACAGUCAAAAAUCAGAAAGGACGCGGGGUAGCAGAAGAGAUACAAGUCAUCGUGAAGCACACAUUUGAGCUGGACGGCCGCAGAGGUACAGAUAUGAGCGAUUAUGCUAUGAAAAACGUCGGGGAUGCGAGGGGAUUUGUGGAAGAAAUUUUGUCUUCAUUUCAGUAUGAAGAUGAAGAGGGUAAGGGGAAGUGGAGAGUCAGAAUUGGGUGAUGAGAUUGAAGGUCUGGAGUGAUGGAUCUCGCUAGAGUAUGGACGUAAACAAAUACCUUUGAUGCUAGAUAAAGCUAAUGGCGACUCAGUGCUUGUGAUGUGGACAUUCAAAGGGUGCUCACUGGACGGAGACAUAUAACGGAAGAUGGACUUUCCAGGUACAUACUCUAUCUGACAUUGUAUCAGGGCACGCUGUUCAACUCACACAACCUCUAAAAAGGUCUGCUGAGAUUUGCUGCAGCUAAAGAAAGUUUCAUUCCAAGAUCUUCUAAAGUACUUACUCACCUCGCACGUUAUAUACACACAUCUCCGAACCCCCAACUUCUCAAGCCAUAAUAGAUUCCAACCAAGAAAACCUGCACUCUUUGUAGCCAGUGCAUCCAUGACACCCGCCAUUAGAAAAUCCUUUUGACAUACAGGCAAGCAAUUAAAGACCCUCACGCGCUCUGAACAGUUAAGUUGUUGAGGAGAUUGAUAUGGAAGCGCCAUUUCCUAGGUUGGGGCGACAUCAGAGGUUCAUGGUGCAAGUGGAAUGUCGACGGGAGUGGUUUCCUAAAGUAUACUUUCCGCUUCAACGCAACCAGCGAUAUCAUCAUCUUCCACGCAAAUCAAGCUUGGAUUUCUAGGAUUGCGUCUUUCAAAAGUUUGCCAGUCAAGCAUUUAGCUAUUCUUCGCCAUGCUGCGAUUGCGGUGCAGAGUAUAGAGGUAGAUGUCGAUCGGGUCCGAUCCUGCAGAUUCAUGUUGAUGGAAUAGGGAGAGAGUCUUGGGGAUCGAGCUGUUCGUGGAAGAGCUGUGAGGAGGGCUGUGAGUAGAUGGAUGGGAUGAGGAGGUUCCUGGGCCUUUUCCCGCUGCUGAGAACUUUUGGGAUUGCAGAUAUUGGUUUGGAGACUUGUGACAUCGAGAGAUGAGCGAGGCUUAGUCUGUGAAAAUAUACGUCGGCGUAUGACCUGCCUCUGUUAAGGAGAAGGAUCGACGCACGAUUGUUCAGUAAUCAGAAAUAGUGGAAGUGGGGAAUUGUGCGUAGUGUAUGAUGAAUUCUCGGGGUGGAAGUAUCCUAAAAACAGUGCAGUUGAGGAGUUUCGGAGAGUAGGGCAGCCGACUUUUCCAUACAACCAGGUGCCAGAGGGGGUUAACGUUCGUUUUAUUGGACAAUUGCGUUGCAAUUACCCAGAAGUAACAUGAAAUUGGCGCACCUGAGCAAAUAUUCAUUCAAGCCAAGGUAUUCAUAGCGUACUGACGACCUUCGUGUCUUCGUAGGUAUCUGUGUACCACCUUCACAUUUUCUGAAAUUCGGAGUCGAUGCCACUAUCAUGCCAACGCCGGCGAGGCUUCGGGGAUGGUUGUUGAGACCUGAAGGGGGAUGGAUAGUACGCGGCAGUCCAGGACGUUUCGCCCAGUUCUUCGACCGCAGAACUGUUGCCCAGCAUCAGAUCCAACCUAGUUAGCCAACUUAAGCUUGAGUCUUCGAAAAGAAAAGGAGGAUCUGAUCAUUAAUUGGGGUAUUGACAAGGCUGUGCCCAAACAAGUGGUGCGAGGACAAGCAAAUAGUCAGACAAUAGCAAAAAGACAAGCCACAGCGCAGAGUCGGCUUCUGCAAUAGUCUGUCUUGUUAUUUGUGGGCCAGACUUUGUCUCCUUCCAUGACGAUAUGGUGUGCCAUAUGUGUGCAUGUCUUCGCUAGACUGAUUCGCUGUUGUUGCGGUUCUAAACUUCUAUUGGGAUUUGUUUUGAUCGGAGAAGAAAGCGAUUGCCUCCGCUGGCGAGCUUUCGGGAAAGUGGAGGGGUUUCUGAGAAAGUGAUUUGUUAGUAUCAAAACUUGGAAGUGAGGAAUUGGGUGGUGGAAUCUUGCUUCAAAGAUCUCACGAUUGUGCAUUUUUUUCUCUCUCUUGGUUUCCGCCGCUUUGCUUUGUGCUGUUCGCGAGUGUUGGCGUACUUUGGGGUUGCUCUGACGCACAUGAAAAUGAUUGUCUUGGAUAUGUCGAAGGUGCUACUGUGGGUUCGCAAAUACAUUUGAGGUUCAAGAAGCGAGAACCGAAGUAAGCCAUGGUAGUUCUGGGGCGAUAAUCUUCUUUUUUCCCAGGACGUUUUUUCGAGUACACAAAAGGUUUAUGGCGGAGAUGAUACGUAUACUAACUGGCUUGAUAUGUAGAUGAGAAGGGAGCGGAAACUAUUCAAAACGUAGGAUUACGUCAAAAUCGCAUGUUGACAUACCAAAACACACCACCUUUACCCCGGUAUCGUGUCAAAUCAUCUUCACGCCGUUCCUCCUCUUAUCAAUGACGAGUUCAACAGUUUUUGAAACAUAUAAACAAGUACAAAUUCCCGGCAAAGGCUUGUGACCACGAGAAUUCAAUCUCUUUCGCCGUGGGAGUUUUCGACUCUCAUUUCCUGGGCUCUUGCAACAGUUCGAAGUUCCAUUGAGGUCUCGAAUACAAGCAGGGAAGCUUGAUGCUGCCUAAAAUGAGCGGGAGGACCAAAGAAAUCCGUUUUGUCGCAGGUAUGAGUCAGUUGCCAGAGAUCAAUGAGAGCAGAGCACACCGAGCUGCGACUCGUGACUGCUACUUCUGCCUCCGAACUCUACAGUACGGCGCGCCAGGCUAAAAGUUUCAACACCACGAUGUUCUUGCGGCCGUGCCAAAUAGCUUCGGACUUUGGCGGGUUCCAUGGCCGUCAAGGUCACUGUGAAGAGAUAGGCCUUUGAACUCAUGUGUCAAAGGCAGCGAGAAUCCCGAUAGGAAAAUGACGAGGGUCCAAGUCAUGGCCAUUACCAAGUCCACUACAUUACAGACUGUCAAAGAAGUGAUGUGACACUCCUGUCAACCUGCAUACCUAAGGGCCCGUUUGGAUCGGAAGUGACACUUUGUGUCACUUCCUGGAGUGACAACGCACGGUCCAGCUAUGUCGGAUUUCUAAGCGAGAUACAGAAGUGACGCUAAGAUUCCUUUGUCCCACUGAAAUUUAGUGGGGAUUAAGAAUAAAAAUUGAGUCGUGUCAUCAAGGCAUUGAUGCCGAUUUUGAAGGGCGCUGGUUCUAGUGGACUAUACGCUGGAGGGUACGCUAGAGGGGCUCCUAAGGGCCCUGUAGUGAGUAGCUUGUUAGGGUAGUACAAACUCACUUUCAGGGAAGUAACUACUAAAGUUUUAGGGCAUUCUCUUACUUACUUUUCAUAUAAUCGCAAAUCUUGUAAUUUACGUGUUAUAAAAAAACUUUCUUAGAUGCACUUGUUAAUUAAUACCU